UAAUUGUCCUUCAUUUUUGGCUGCUGCUUUAGCUAGAGCAACUUCAGAUGAAGUCCUUCAGAGUGAUCUAUCUGUACAUUACUUACCAAAGCAUGUGGACAAUGCAGAUGGGAUCAUACAGAUUGAGACAGUGAAGCUAGCCCGCUUAGUUUUCAGCAAACUCCAUGAGAUCUGCAGUAACUGGGUGAAAGACUUUCCACUCCAGUGGAAGCCCCACCGCUACUACGAGACAUCCAUCCAUGCCAUCAAAAACAUGCGCAGGAAGAUGGAAGACAAGCACGUCUGCAUUCCAGACUUCAACAUGCUCUUCAACCUCGAGGACCAAGAAGAGCAAGCUUACUUUGCAGUAUUUGAUGGUCAUGGGGGAGUGGAUGCUGCCAUCUACGCUUCCAUCCAUCUCCAUGUGAACCUGGUCCAUCAGGAGAUGUUUCAGGUCCAGAAGGCAGCCAGAGAGAGUCUGCGUUGUGGAACCACUGGGGUAGUGACUUUCAUCCGAGGAAAUAUGUUACACGUGGCUUGGCUUGGGGACUCCCAGGUUAUGCUGGUGAGAAGAGGCCAAGCAGUGGAGCUGAUGAAACCCCACAAACCGGACAGAGAGGAUGAGAAGAAGCGCAUCGAGGCACUUGGUGGCUGUGUGGUCUGGUUUGGAGCCUGGAGGGUGAACGGGAGCCUGUCAGUCUCCAGAGCUAUUGGGGAUGCUGAGCACAAGCCAUAUAUCUGUGGGGAUGCAGACUCUGCCUCCACUGUGCUAGAUGGCUCUGAAGACUACCUCAUUUUAGCCUGCGAUGGCUUCUAUGACACAGUCAAUCCUGAUGAGGCGGUGAAAGUCGUGGCUGACCAUUUAAAGGAGAAUAAUGGGGACAGCAGCAUGGUAGCACAUAAAUUAGUGGCAUCCGCUCGGGACGCUGGUUCCAGCGACAACAUUACUGUCAUUGUGGUAUUUCUCAGGGACAUGAAUGCAGCAGUCAAUGUUAGUGAGGAGUCGGACUGGACAGAGAAUUCUUUUCAAGGUGGGCAAGAAGACAAUGGGGAAGAUAAGGAAAACCACGGAGACUGCAAACGGCCCUGGCCGCAACACCAGUGCUCAGCACCUGCAGAUCUAGGGUAUGAAGGACGAGUGGAUUCUUUUACUGAUAGAACUAGCCUAAGCAUAGGGUCCAGUAUUAACCCGAUUGAUGAUCAAGCCUAUUUAGACCUGACAAACACAGAAGCAAGUGAACCCAAGAGUGCCAAAUAUCUGCCACCAAUUCAAGUGUUUAGUCCUGGCAUACCAAAGAGUGUGAAUCUGAGUAAUGGCCUAACAGUGAAGAACAAGUCACCAGAGAGCACCACGUCAUCAGUCUAUGGACAAAGCGACCCCAGGGAGUACAACGCUCCUCUUAGUUUGGGUUCUGCAGGGCAAAACAUCUACAAGGUGCAGGGUUUCUCCCCCAUCUUCUGGGGGCUGGAAGAUGAACAGUUCAAAUCCUUGGGGAAACGAGCGUCUGCAUUUCCUCACCUGCGCUUCUGUAAUGGGAAGAGGCGACGAGGAGCCAGGUUCAAACCAAAGUUUCGCACGCCGCUCUUGGCUCAUGAGCCUUCCCGUGUAGAAGCAUCAAGUCUGUCCUUGCCUGUCCGAGGCCGCAGUAGCACGAGGUCGUUGGUAAGACACUUCCCGUGGUGGAGGCUGGCUGCUCAUAACGUGUACAGGGAGAGCGAGUUUUUGAUGCGAAGACAAAGUAAUUGUAUACCAGAGUCAUACCUACAUCAAUGCUGUCAAAUUUAACCAUCUCCCUUGUGUCCCCCCUUAGAUACCCAAACCAGACAUUCCCAAAAUAGAACUGGCAUCAUCAGAAAGUGAACAAAAGGUGGGCAUUUCAGAACCGCGUGUAUUACAAUCCCCCGCAAAGCUCCAAUCAUGUGUAAAUAGACCUUAGAAUUAACAAAUGUAGUUGUUUCAAUAAAACUUGCUGGUGGUGCCACUUUAAGCAAUGCCACAGCCACCCAACCACCUGCACACAUAAGUAUCUAGUCACAUCCACUAGUGAAAGCCAACCAGUUGGUUCGCUUGAAUAGACACCGGUAGGGAACGGUCUUUAAAAAUGCAGAAAGCAGGACCUGCCUGAGUCUAUGGAGCAAUAUUUAAAGAAAGAUUCUGUUUUAGAACAGCCAAUUUUUUUAGAGUGGGGGGAAGUUUCCACAGAAGUUCAGGUUGUGGGUGUUUUUUUAUGUUUUUAUUUUUGGUUUAUUUCAGGCUAAUAUUAAGAUAAAUUUGAAUAUUAUAUCCACUUUGCAGGUAAAAGACUAAAAGCCAUACAGGAUUUUACCAGGUAACUUAGGAAUGGACAAACUGAGCUCCUGUUACUCUGUUCUCAGACUCCGAUUGAGGUACAUACUCAUAAUUUACUUAUUUUUUCAUGUAACAAAAUGUGGAAUAUGAAGAAAACUUUUUUUUGGUAGUUUCUAAAAAAUAUUAUUUCCUAUGGCUAGAGGUGCAGUGUACAGGGAUUUCGUAUCUCUCUGGUGCUUUUAGUGGCAUUUUUCUUGUUUGUCAGUU